AUGGGCUCCAACAUCGACAACGAGCUGGUGACAAACCGCGCUGCUAGUACCGAAGCCGCCCUCCUGGCUGAAAAGAGCUAUUCGGCCAAAAACUACCAAUCGCUCCCCAUCGUCUUUGCCCGUGCCCAGGGUGCCUCUGUUUGGGAUCCCGAGGGAAAGCACUACCUUGACUUUCACUCUGCUUCAACUGCACUUAACCAUGGCCAUUGCCACCCGAAACUCGUCGCAGCGCUUGUUGACCAAGCAUCCCGUCUGACCUUGACCUCUCGCGCCUUCCACAACGAUGUUUAUCCCCAAUUCGCGGAAUUUAUGACCAAGCUCUUUGGCUAUGACAGGGUCCUGCCGUCAAGCACUGGCGCGGAGGCUUCUGAAACUGCCAUCAAGGUUGCGCGAAAAUGGGCCUAUAAAGUCAAAGGUGUUCCGCAGGAGGAAGCUAUUGUUCUUGGUGCUGCAGGUAAUCACCAUGGACGGACAUUGGCCUCAAUCUCCCUAGCCUCUGAUGAAAUGUCUCGCGAAAACUAUGGUCCAUUGGUUCCCAAUGUCAGCUGUUCGAUUCCUGGAACCGACAAAUUGAUUACCUACAAUGAUAAGGCAGCGCUCCGAGAUGCGUUUGAGGCAGCGGGCUUCAACCUGGCCGCCUUCAUGAUCGAACCUAUCCAAGGAGAUGCAGGCGUCAUUGUAGCCGAUGAUGACUAUCUUCGCGAGGCAAGAGCUCUCUGUGAUAAAUAUAAUGUCCUAUUAGUCUGUGACGAAAUCCAGACUGGAAUUGCGCGGACUGGAAAGCUACUUGGCCACUACUGGAGUGGAAUAAGACCUGAUAUGGUGCUAUUAGGCAAGACCAUGACAGGCGGCAUGUACCCCGUCUCCUGCGUUCUAGGAAGCAACGAAGUGAUGCUUACUGUCGAGCCCGGAACUCAUGGCUCAACUUACGGCGGUAAUCCGCUCGGGGCCGCAGUUGCUAUGCGUGCUCUCCAAGUCGUUGAGGAGGAAAGUCUGGUUGAACGGGCAGAAAAUCUUGGGCAUGUACUUCGUAACGGUCUGACCGUUAUCCAGGCUCAAACUCCGGGUCCAGUUAUUCAAACAGUUCGCGGCAGGGGGUUGCUCAACGCGUUCGUCAUUGAUCAGUCCAAGACGAAUGGACAUACGGGCAUAACACUGUGCGAGCUAAUGAAACGGAAGGGUCUUUUGCUUAAAUCGAGCCGGACAGGCGUCAUUCGCAUCGCACCUCCGCUUGUCGUUUCUGACUCUCAAAUUGACCAGGCGCUCGGUAUUAUCAAAGAAUCCAUAAAGGAAUUGCUAGCUCUCCCCGCAAUUGGGUAG